AUGCUACGCAACGGUCAGACUGACAUUGCCGACGUAUCGCUGAAGGCAAUUCGUGGUUUGCUCGAGGAAGGUUUCAAGAUGUCGGACAGCGGUAAGGCCGCGCAGGAAGGCAUCUUUUUUGCCGGCAAUUACUGGGAGCAGUAUGACCACAACUGCUCGGAGGGCAGGAGUUCGGUCUCUUGCCCAGACAUCACCUUAGGUGAACCCCAGCUGGUGGAGGUCGAACGCACUGGUUACCAACCGACGGAAGAUUUCCCGUGGAUCGGCGAGUACGCACUGACGAGAAAGAUAACAUGGAACGCUCGGAAGGUGGCGGAAACGGCGAUGUCGAAUUGCGAUGACAGGAGAACGAUCACCGAUGUGAAUCGUGGAUGUUUUCUCGCUGGUUGGUGCAACUUGAAAUAG